GCUGCCAUAGUAACCCGGAAAGCGCCAUGGCUGCCGCCGGCCUGGGAGGAAGGCUGUUGACACUGCCGGCGGCAGCCCUACCCAAGUCACCGUCACUUUCGGUACAGCCAGCAGCUCCCAUCCGAGGGAAGCCUAAGAAAUGUCUGGUCUAUCCGCAUCCACCGAAGAGCUCCCGCCUGUCUCCGUCGGUUCUGCGCUGGCUCCAGGGCCUGGACCUCACCUUCUUCCCCAGGAACGUCAACAGGGAUUUUUCAAAUGGCUUCCUGAUUGCAGAAAUAUUCACUGUAUACUACCCCAGGGAUCUUCAAUUGACAUCCUUUGAAAAUGGAACUUCUCUGAAAGUCAAGUUGGAUAACUGGGCACAGUUGGAGAAGUUCCUGGCAAGAAAAAGACUUAAGUUACCUAAAGAGCUAAUCCAUGGAACAAUUCACUGCAAAGCCGGAGUACCUGAAAUACUAAUACAAGAGGUUUAUACUUUGUUAACACAUAAAGAAAUUAAAAGUAUCCGGGACGACCUGGUGAAUUUCACAGACUACAGUUACCAGAUGCUUUUGCCCCUGGUUCCUAGGUCUACAGCUUCAAAAUUGAUUAAAGAUAACAUUAGGUUAUCAGAGAUAAAAAGCAAUCCCAACAUGCUCAGCAAUGAGCUUAAAGUAGAGUUCCUCUUCCUUUUACAAAUGUUGCAAAGAAAAUUAAGCAGAAAACUGAAUCCAAAGUGGUUUGAGGUCAAACCAACAGUGGGGGAAUUUACUCUCGAUCACCUUCCUAGCCACGCGUCUGAGUGCAAAUUUAAUUCCAGGAUUUCAAGGGAUGGAGUUGCUCCUGUCUUACGAAAUACAGGUCCUGCCAGCAAUUCACUUAGAGGAAUGCACAUGAAACAAGCUCGAAAACAUUCUUUUGAAUCUGCUAUGAACCUUUUCAAAAACACGAAAACGUAACCUUGAAAAGCACGUGUCUGAAGGCUUUGAACAGUCCUGUCAUACUAGAGGGUCGGAUUAACUAGUCGUGGGUAUAUAAGUAAAUUAAAGCGAUGUCUUAUCUGUAA